UGCGCCGGAUCGCAGCGCUUGUCCCGCGGACGGAGUGUCCUCGAUCUUCGGCCAGUUUAACACCAUAAUUACCAGCGAACAGGCCGCCCGCGCCCACUUAACUAACGGGUUAACAUUCCUCUCGGAACGAGACGGCGGAGUUAGAGAAAAGCGCUGUAUUUGAGGCCAACUCUCCGCUCGAUCAUGUUUGGGAUUAAUUCUUGAGGCUCUCCGAUCUGAAGAUCACUUUUUUUUUCCAGUGCGUGGAGCCUCAGAACUGCACUGGGACGAAGCGAAGGACUAAAGGCGGUCUCUCUUAUCGUUUCGUGCGCUGUUGAAACGAGAAAAGGGAGCAUGCAUGAGUAACAGGUUUCUGUGGCGGGACCACAGCUCCUCCCCUCAUCUGGAGCCCCUGUGCUGUAUGAUACGAGGCCGUCUUCCUUCAUACACUCUGACCUCAAUUCAACAGGUAUGAAGAUGAGGAAGUUUGCGUACUGUAAGGUGGUACUGGCCACCUCUCUGGUCUGGGUGAUGCUAGACAUGUUCAUCCUCCUCUACUUCAGCGAAUGCAACAAAUGUGACGAGAAAAAAGAGAGAGGAUUGCCGGGGAGAGAGAUUGUGGUUCAAAGGCCUCAUGAUGGCCCGGGGGAGAUGGGAAAGCCAGUGGUCAUCGCUAAAGACCAACAAGAGAGGAUGAAGGAAAUGUUUAAGAUAAACCAGUUUAACCUGAUGGCCAGUGAGAUGAUUGCACUCAACCGAUCUUUACCGGACGUGCGUCUCGAGGGGUGUAAAACAAAGGUGUACCCAGACGAUCUCCCACGCACCAGUGUGGUGAUUGUUUUCCAUAAUGAAGCAUGGACCACUCUGCUCCGAACGGUCCAAAGCGUCAUCGGCAGGUCACCGAGACACCUGCUAGAGGAAAUCGUGCUGGUAGAUGACGCCAGUGAGAGAGACUUCCUGAAGAUGCAGUUGGAGCAAUACGUGCAGAAGUUGGAGGUUCCUGUCAGGGUGAUACGGAUGGAGCAGCGUUCGGGCCUGAUUCGCGCUCGGUUGAAGGGGGCCUCCAUAUCCACAGGUCAGGUGAUUACCUUCCUGGAUGCCCAUUGUGAAUGCACCACUGGCUGGCUAGAGCCUCUGCUUGCUCGCAUCAAACUUGACAAGAAGACUGUAGUGUGUCCCAUCAUUGAUGUAAUCAGCGAUGACACGUUUGAGUACAUGGCAGGCUCUGAUAUGACAUAUGGUGGAUUCAACUGGAAGCUGAACUUCCGCUGGUAUCCGGUACCACAGAGAGAGAUGGAUCGCAGGAAAGGAGACAGAACACUGCCUGUCAGGACCCCCACUAUGGCAGGUGGUCUCUUCUCCAUAGACAGAGAUUAUUUCCAGGAGAUUGGAACGUAUGAUGCAGGCAUGGACAUCUGGGGGGGAGAGAACCUGGAGAUCUCCUUCAGGAUUUGGCAAUGCGGGGGGACGCUUGAGAUUGUCACAUGCUCUCAUGUCGGUCACGUGUUCCGUAAGGCGACGCCGUACACGUUCCCCGGUGGAACUGGGCAGAUCAUCAACAAAAACAACAGACGGCUGGCAGAGGUCUGGAUGGAUGAGUUCAAGAACUUCUUCUACAUCAUUUCACCUGGUGUGACGAAAGUGGAUUAUGGAGACAUCUCAGCCAGAUCAUCCCUGAGACAGAGACUGCAGUGUAAGCCGUUCUCCUGGUACCUAGAAAAUGUCUACCCAGACUCCCAGAUACCACGCCACUACUACUCGCUGGGAGAGAUCCGUAACGUAGAGACUAACCAGUGUCUGGAUAACAUGGCCAGGAAAGAAAAUGAAAAAGUGGGCAUUUUCAACUGCCACGGCAUGGGCGGCAACCAGGUUUUCUCGUACACAGCCAAUAAAGAGAUCCGAACUGAUGACCUCUGUUUGGAUGUGUCUAAACUCAGCGGUCCAGUUAUGAUGCUCAAGUGCCAUCACUUGAAAGGCAACCAGCUCUGGGAAUAUGACCCUGUGAAGCUGAGCCUGGUGCAUGUGAACAGUAAUCAGUGUUUGGAUAAAGCAUCUGAAGAUGACAGUCAGGUGCCCAGCGUCAGGGACUGCACCGGGAGCCGCUCGCAGCAGUGGCUGCUCCGCAACGUCACACUGCCCGAGAUAUUCUGAGCUCGUACCCGGACGGACAGAUGAACAGACUCUCACACCAUCACCGAUGCAGAGAAUGUGAGAGAAAGGACUGCUUUCCUCUCGAUCCUGGUGGUCUGCCUUCAAAUUAUCUCAAAGAACAGAACCGCAUAUGUAUAUGAAUCUUCCCAUCACUCCACCUGGCAGAGGAAAAGAAGGAACGAUGGAGAGAAAGACUCGUGGAGAAAGAAACUUGAGAUAUAUGCCAUUAUCCUUCUCAUUCGAGGAGCUGCGGGCAUUUUGGUUAUGUUUACGAGAACGCCUCCCUUUUAGAAUAUCAGUGUGUGACACCAAUGUGUGAGUCACAGUGUUUUCCACAGGAGUUUCACCCUUUUUCUUAAUUUAAG